GCAGUUUGACACUUUGUUGCUUCGUGUCGCGAUUCGAUUGACACCCAAGCGGCACUUUCAUAUCGCGGAGUUUUCGUCGUCUCGGGAGGGAAAACUGUUGAAUUUUCGGUGUGAAAAACCUGUGCAUUCCAUUGUAGACUAGGCGGAAGAUUGUGAUUUCGUAGGAAGGAUUCCGAAUAUUUGUAUAGCAAAAUGCACACGGUUUUGACCCGGGGGAAUGCAAUCCUGGCCUAUUCCCUGAGCGUGUUGGCCUUCCUGACCUUCUGCUGCUUCGCGUCGACGUUUUUCUACGACUACCGAACCAAUGCCAAGAUCAACACGGUCAAAGUGCUGGUGAAAAACGUUCCGGACUUCAGCGCUUCCCGGGAGAAGAACGAUCUGGGCUUCCUGACGUUCGAUCUCAGCACCGACCUGAAUGGGCUGUUCAACUGGAACGUGAAGCAGCUGUUCCUCUAUCUGACGGCCGAGUACAAAACGGAGCAGAACGAGCUAAACCAGGUGGUUCUGUGGGACAAGAUUAUCCUCCGGGGCGAGAACGCCAAUCUGGACUUUAAGAACAUGAACACCAAGUACUACUUCUGGGAUGAUGGCAACGGUUUGAAGGGACAUCAAAACGUGACGCUGACUCUGUCGUGGAACAUCAUCCCCAAUGCCGGUCUACUGCCGAGUGUGUUCGCCCAUGGGUUCCAUUCGUUCAAAUUCCCCGAAUCUUACAUGCCAUCGCCGGUCUAACCGGUUCGUUGGAGAAAAGACUUUUUUAGUUUGUAUCUUUCGAUCGAUAACGCACCGUUAAGCAGCUACAAAAGCGCAAGAAGCUGUGGAAGUCUAGUCGGGAUCUUGAGGAGUAGGAUUCCGACCGAGGAAAGUAAAGAUUUAAGGACAGAAACCUAGUAAGUAUUUGGUUCCGAGAUAAAUUAGGUUCAUGUGAGUGGAUUAAAAAGUUGAAAUGUCUGUCAGUCAA